AUGCCAUGUGGGGAGGAAGAAGACGAAAGGAGUGAAGAUGGAGACGAGGAGCGGACGGGCGACGGGGGCGAGGUGAGCAGUGCAAGGAGGGAGGAGGCGGUGAGAGACCGCCAGGGCAGACUUCCCUGCGGUCGGAGCCCCGUCGGCUCCCGCACCGCCACCGCCUCGGCCCAGUGCUGUCCCCGGCCCGCUGCCCACACUCGCACUGCCCGAGGGCUCCCCCAGAGCCCGACGGAGCUGGCCCGGGGAGGCGCGGCACCGCGCGGCCUCUGCCCGACGGGCCAGCAGCAUCCCUUCCCGCGGCGGCCGCGGGGACCCGCGAAGGCCGCGACGCAUCGACCGGUCUCCCGGCUCGGGGAUAGACCGCGGGCGGGCGCCUCCGGACAAGGCUGCCAUCGAUCCCGCAGCUCCGCCGCUCGGAUUGAGGACGGAGGCGUUUCCUGGCGGCGCGCUCCCCACCGGGCGGGCGAGACCGGGAUAAAUGGGAACAAUUGGGCCGGGCGGCGCCGAGGCACAUCCCCCCCGCGCGGGUGCCGCGGCCCGGGCUCGCAGCAAUUAGGGCUGAGUGUCUAA